AUGUCUCGACCGCCAACAUCCACGAUUUACUCUUCCCUUGGCUCGUCUGAUGCUGCACAAACCAUGAACAACUCCCCAACUUUAUGGGACAUGCUGUCGACCACUGCUCUUAACAGAUGCUGGCCUGUGUUGAUUUGCACCGCUAUCUGGUCGUCCGCACUAUGCGUGCUUAAUCACUAUACCCACGGGAAACUGUCAAUUCAGCCAACUCUCAUUACCGUGUUCGGUACCGUCCUAGGUUUCGUAAUAUCUUUUCGAACGACGUCCAGCUUCGAACGUUAUAACGAUGGCCGGAAAUAUUGGGCCCAAAUUGUGCUUAACUGCCGUACCUUUUCUCGAACUGUCUGGUUUCAUGUCCCAGAUAAUACUAUAUCUGCUUCGACCAAGGAUCACCCACUCUCUCGUGAAGAAACGGAACGAGACCAAGCUAAGACUUUGAUUGAGAAGAAGACUGUAAUCAAUUUGCUCGAGGCCUACGCUAUCAGCGUCAAGCACUACUUGCGUGGGGAAGACGGAAUUCGCUAUGAAGAUCUGCACCCGCUCGUCUCCUUCCUCUCACUAUGCUCUUACUCGCUCCCUGCCAUCAUCCCCUCUGCAAAUCCACUAGAGUUGUGUCGUAGGUCGACACGUGCAAGCUCACACUCUCACAGUAGUCACGAUGCACCAGCGUCCCCUGUAACUACCCAGGCGCCUGCGUCCCCGUAUCACCGAUCUGCAAUUCCGUUGGCGACCAUUCCUGAAGAUACAUUGCGAUCUGACAAUCGAAACAUACCAUUUGCAAAAGAAACCACGGUCGAUAUCAUCGAACCGCAUGAUCAUGGAGAUCUUAUUCUACCCGCAGCAAUACCUCCCAUGAAUUCGUGGCGAAAAGCCUUUCCGUUCUCGUUCUUCUUUUGGGUAUGGACAACUAUACAGAAAGACGCUGGCAAAGCCGCUGGUGUGAAUGACGUACAUCCAAAUUUUCGUUACAGAAAGCACAACGUGCCGUUGGAAAUAUCUUUGUUCUUGAGUUCUUACAUCGCCGCACUGCAAGCCCGUAAAGCUGUGGAUGCCCCAACUCUAACUCUGCUUUAUGCAACGCUUAAUCAGCUCGUGGAUGCCCUGACUGGGUUAGAAAGGAUCCUCACCACCCCAAUCCCUGUCUCUUACUCCUCGCAUCUGUGGAUGGUUACACUAGUUUAUUGUAUAGCUUUGCCCUUCCAGCUGUGGUCCACACUUAAGUGGUUAACCGUCCCAGCGUCUGUAAUUGCCAGCUUUAUUUUCUUUGGGUUCGUCGUUGCCGGCGAGGAAAUAGAGAGCUAUGACAGGAAUGACUUGGAAAUAAAGAACAUGGAUCAUUUUGUCCAAAAUAUCAUACGGAAAGAACUUCGUGCUAUUACAGCCAUGCCGACCCCAGACCCGGCAGAAUGGGUGUUCUCGCCUCAGAAUGAUUUUCUUGGAACACAGUCAAGGGGCAUUGCCCUGGAAACACCGUCCGCGUGGCUUGAAAAGGGAAGAAUGGAAAUCCUUACAGCUUUACAUGGGAGUGGAGGCACUACUGAGGAUGCACGCUGAGUCGUGUCCGCUACUCGACACUCACGAUUUGUUUGGGCGGAUGCGAGUCUUUACUGUGUGGUGGAGCUUAGGGAUCUUGAUGAGACGACAAAGAAACCUUAGCCAGAGUCCAUUACUUAUUUCGAUCCUAUGUUUGACCUUUGCAUAUACCGAUUGUGCGAUCCCGG